AUGUCCGGCCGCCAAGGAGAGAGCGGCGUCGGGGGCAGCCAGGCGCCGCCCUCCGCCGCCUCCUCGUCGUCGUCCUCUUCGGGCACGCUGAGCUCGCUGGAGACGCUCCCGGCGCCGGAGUCGCUGCCGCCCAUCGCCGAGGAGGAGCCCGACGAGCCGCCGCCGCAGCAGCCCUGGGGGCGCCUCUUCGCCCUGCGCCCCGGCUUCCACAGCUUCGACUGCCUGAGCAAUGAAUGCUGGUUCGGCAGAGACCCGGAUUGCGGAUACAGUUUCACAAGGCUGAAUUUGGCGCACACAGAGCUGUACAAACAGUGCAGCAAAAAGCACUUCCGCAUCUUCAGAGAACCAGGACCCAGAAACUCCCACGUGGCUUAUAUUGAAGACCAUAGUUUAAAUGGCACGUUUGUCAAUGAUAAGCUCCUUGGGAAGGGGAAGAAACUUCCCUUGACGCACAAUGCUGAGAUUGCUCUUGCUCAGACUCCUAACAAAGUGUUUGUAUUUUCUGAUCUCAUGGUGGACAGUCAAUUAGAGUAUCCCAAGGAGCUCAGAGAGAAAUACAUCAUCUCAAAUACUUUGGGAAGUGGUGCCUGUGGAGAGGUGAAGUGGGCUUUUGAAAGAACCACCGACCGCAAAGUUGCUAUCAAAAUCAUAAAUAAGUCAAGGUUUAUGAUGGAUGAUUUGCCACAAACUGAAAGGCCUUUUAAUGUGGAAACAGAAGUGGAGAUUCUGAAGAAAGUUGACCAUCCCUGCCUGAUAAAGAUUAUUGACUUCUUUGAAGGAAAAGAUUUUUACAUUGUGUUGGAACUGAUGGAAGGGGGGGAGCUAUUCGAUAGGAUUCUGCCCCCAGCAAGAUUGAGUGAAGCGAUCUGCAAGUUUUAUUUCUAUCAGAUGCUGUUGGCUGUGCAGUACCUUCACGAACGUGGAAUUAUUCAUCGGGAUUUAAAGCUGGAGAAUGUGCUUUUAUCAUCUCCUGAGGAAAACUGUCUUGUAAAGAUCACAGAUUUUGGACAGUCCAAAAUUCUUGGGGAAACAUCCCUAAUGCAGACCUUAUGUGGUACCCCCAAUUAUCUUGCUCCUGAAGUUCUAACUUCUGCUGGGACAGCUGGCUAUGGACGAUCUGUGGAUUGCUGGAGCCUGGGAGUGAUCCUCUUUAUGUGCCUCUCUGGUUAUCCACCUUUUUCGGAUCAAAAUGCUCGACUAUCUUUGAGAGAACAGAUCACCCGGGGUGAAUAUGUCUACUGUGCAGAAAAAUGGAAACCCGUAUCAAAAGAAGCCUUUGACCUUGUGCAGAAGUUGCUGACAGUGGAUGUUGACAAACGGUUCAAAAUAGAACAAGCCUUGGCGCACCCCUGGCUUCAGGAUAAAAGUAUGAAGAACCGGUUCCAGCAGCUGCUGACACAAAUGAAUGACUUGGUGCUUCCGUCCGAAGCUCCAGCUUUGCCAUCCACAAGCAGAAAACGGCGCCAUGAAAAGGAAGAACUGCCAACUCCUAAACGUGCCACUCAGACUCCAACGUGA